AUGGAGAUAGAUGUCAACUCUGCCACAAUCGCUGAAGAUGAUUGGAGGAAUCCUAUCAUGACCUAUCUGCGAUAUCCAACUUUGCCCUCUGAGAAGAAAGUCAGAAUCAUGGCUUUAAACUACCUUAUGUGGAAUGAAGAUUUGGUCCGAAAGAGUAAGGAUGAGGUGCUUUUAAGGUGCCUCGGGAAGAAAGAAUACAUGAAAGUUAUGGGGGAAACCCAUGAAGGAAUCUGUGGAGCACAUCAAGGUGGAAGAAAAAUGUGCUGGUUAAUUAGGAGAUAUGGCUACUUCUGGCCAACCAUGAUGAAAGAUUGCAUUAACUAUUCCAAGGGGUGUGAAUCUUGUCAAAGACACGGCCCAGUCCAGCAGGCUCCAUCAGUUCCCAUGAAUCCAGUGGUAAAACCAUGGCCCUUUAGAGGAUGGGCAAUGGAUCUUAUUGGCAAGAUCUAUCCAGCCAGCAGCCAGCAGCACUGCUUUAUCAUUGUUGCCACAGACUACUUCACCAAGUGGGUGGAGGCCAAGGCUGUUAAAUCCACUACAUCUCAAGAGAUCAUCAUUUUCAUAGAAGAACAGAUUAUCCAAAGAUUUGGCAUCCCAGAAUCAAUCACAACUGAUAGAGGAUCAUCUUUCAUAUCUAGAGAAAUGCUGGACAUGGCAGAGGCAUUCAAAUUCAGACUGCUCCAAUCCACUCCUUAUUAUGCCCAAGCCAAUGGACAGGCGGAAUCAAGCAACAAAGUAAUCAUCAACAUUAUCAGGAAAAUGCUUGAAAAGAAUCCAAAACAGUGGCAUGAGAAGCUGUCAGAAACUCUGUGGGCAUAUAGAACUUCAAAGAGAGAAGCGACUGGCAUGACUCCCUACGCGUUAACCUACGGUCAUGAUGCAAUUCUGCCUAUGGAGAUAGCUGUUCAGUCCCUCAGAAUUGCUCACCAACAUGACUUAGUAGGAGAAGACUACUCCCAGGCCAUGCUGCUGGAACUGGAAGGAUUGGAUGCAGCCAGAAUUGACACUCUCAACAAACUCCUGGCAGGAAAACAGGCUGUAUCAAGGGCCUACAACAAAGAGUCAGGAACAAGAGUUUUGAAGAAGGGGAGAUAG